CAUAUUCCAUGUGGCAGUGGCACCUUUAAGCCUUGUUCCACCACUCAGCAUUCCUCACACUUAUUAAAAAAAAAAAAGGAAAGAAAGAAAAUUUAGUGAGACAAAAAGGUCCUUUCCCAUUUCCGAUUCCAAGCUGCAAAUAGAAUCCAAACAGCAUCACGAAACUCGAAACAUUUUUCUUUUUUCUCUCUCUCUCUCUCUCUCUCUCCGUGUCUCUGAAAACACACCAUGGAAGACACAGAUAAGAACAGCACCCCGCAAGUUCUAGAAGUGCUGCAAGCACUGAAACAAGCAUCACAGGAGCUUCAACACAAGCACGAUAACACAUCACUCGCCAUUAAAGCACUCCUGGAGCUCCACACUGAGUCCGAUACAAUACUCUCCAACGACCCAAACCUCUCCGCUCUCUCCCACCAUCUUUCCCGCCUCAAGCACCUCGUCGACCACAUUAACUCCACCACUUCCCGCCACCGCCCUCACUCCCUCCGUUCCUUCCUCUCCCGACGACUCUCCACUCACUCCAUCUCCAAGCUCGCCAACUCCAUCGAGUCCGAAAUCCAAGCAUGGAUCGACCGCGAGAGCAUCCACUCCCUCUCCCGCCACCUAAAUGACCAUCUUGCCCCCGACCAGUUAAUCGCUCUCUUGACUCAGUUCCGUCAACGACUCUCCCAGGGUUUCAACCGCGACCUGCAGGACCUAGUUCUCAACAAUAAGAUCUUCUCUUCACUCGAAUCGGUUCUCUUCGACGCUAAAUGCUCCCUCAAUGUUCGCGAGAACGCGGGGCUGGCUGUGGCGGCGCUGAUUCGAUUCAACAAGGACGUCUUCGUCGGCCAGGUUCUCAUGGGCCCUACCAUUCGAGCUUUGGUGGGUAUGGGCUCGCUGCGUUCGAUUGAGGCUCUGUGUUCUCUGAUCAGGUCAAUCAAGUCGCCGUUUGUGGACGAGAUUGAAUCGAACGGUGAGAUUCCCAACAUCAUUGGGCUUUUGGAUUGCGAGGAGUUGGAAAUGAGGGUUUUGGGGAUGGAUUGCGUGCUUGAGAUUGGGUACUUCGGGAGGAAGGAAGCGGUGGAGGCCAUGCUCAAGGAGGGUUUGGUGGAGAAGCUUGUGGAGCUGCAAAGGUCGGAGCUUGGCGGGGAUUUGAUCGAUUUAGAUCACGAGAAGAAGAAAGAGGAAGAAGAUGAGAAUGAUUGUGAUGAAGAUGGACAAGUUAGAGAAGGGAAGAGGCAGAAGAGGUUCUUGGAGGGACACCCUUUUGCGAGCUGCGUAGCGAGGUUUGCAGUUAUGCUGGAGGUUGGAGAAGGAUUGAGACAAAGAGAGAAGAGGGCAUUCAAGCAGGAAAUUCUCGUUAGGGUUAGGGAGGCUUCUGUGUCUGAUGCAGAAGCUGCCACCAUUGUUGCUGAGGUUUUGUGGGGCACUUCGCUUUAAGAAAGAUUUUUCUAUUUUCCUAUCUCUGCAUUUCACUUAAACUAGCUGCCAAACAUGGCCUAAAGAGACAGGAAGAAAAGAAAAGUUCUUAUUUUUGUCUAUUUUCUGUACAAAUUAGAUGUGGGAGGAAAUGUAGGAAUUAGGUAAUUGGAUUGUUCAAUUGUUAGUGUAGUUAAUAAUUUUGUGUUGAAUUACAUUUUGUAUAUCUUGCAAUUUGGGUGAAGAAUAAUUCAUGUCAUUGAGAUUGAAGACCAAGCACUUCCUUUUUUCUUAAAAGAAAAAGUUCUUCUGGAAAACAUGCAGUAUUGCUCUAGAUCUCAGUUGAGUCGAUUAUUUGUUCUUGUUUGUUACUUAAUGUGGUUUAAGGAUUUUGGUAAAGGGGAAUCAGCAUAAUGGGAAGAACCGGAGAAGGAUUCGGAUGCAUAAUAUGGUGGGGACAAGUAAGGUGAGGUGAUGGCUGCUGAGGGAUCAAGAUUCUGUAUGAGGAUCGUUUUAUGGUAUAUGCCAUUUUAGUGGCAGGGAUGCCUUGGAAACAAUAAACAAACAUAAGGUAUACCUAGGAGAAAUCAUAAUAAUAAUAAAGAAAGAAAGAGAGACAAUAGUUUGGGAUUUGUUUUUGUUUGGUGGGCUGCUUCCAAUGAAUGUAUUGACGAUUCAUAAAAAAUGCAAUGACAUGUUUCUUAUUUUAAAUUUUAAUAA